UUCAGUAGCAGAAAUCAGGUAACAUUGGAAACUACGUAUUCCAGCUUCUCAUAACAGGUAGUGACCUACUUUUUGAGGUCUUAUCACCAGGUGUGAUGUACUGAGUUUUGCAGUUGCAUUCUUAAUUUGAGGAACAGAUUGCAUACUGGAUCAGGUUGUCCAGAGAGACUGUGGAGUUUCCCCCGCUGGAGAUACUCAGGAACUGACUGGACACAAUCCUGUGCCGAGUGCUCUAGGAUGACCCUGCUUGAGCAGGGAGGUUGGACCAGGUUACCCAUUGUGUUCCCUUCCAACCUGAGCCAUUCUGUGAUCCUGUAAUUGUAGAGGCCACUUCCUCUACUAGGAGGGCAAGAUGAAGAUUUGUUGUGGUUGAGGGAAGAUGAGUAGUGUUUGUUGAUAUGCCACUUGUCAGCUCAAUGUAAGGAUAGCUAAGCUAAUCUUCACUAAUGUUAAGGAAUUUAAUAUGUUCUUUAAGGCUGAAUUGGUAGCUGGGAGAAAAUCUCAUGGAUUUGUUUGUGUUAAGGUUCAUGUAUUCUGCCACAGAACUAUGUUGCCAGGAAAGAAGUGUAAUGUUAUUUUGAGUAGCAGUUGAUUUGCAUGUCUCAGCUUUAGUUGUCAGCAGAUGUGGGUAAUAUGUUUUGUCAUUUUCAUGAGAAGUAAAUGGAGAAGUAGUCUUUGAUAAAACAGAGAAAAUGAAAUAGCAAGUUCUUUAAGUCAUUGCUCAGGAGACAUUUUUUCCAGGCUCUCCGUGCAAUCAUCCUGCUGAGUCAAUAACACUGAAGUCCAAACAUGUUGGUGACAAAAUUUCUUUCAGUCAAGUCCAACAAAAAUAAGUACUGCCCUUACUUCUGGUGGGACAUAAGAGAGGAAGAUAAAGUGAGAAUUUCCCAGUGAACUCAGAAGGCUGGUCUGUAAGCAUUAAUUCCUCUAUGUGUAUGGGCUCUGAAUAGAUGUAUUGUGUUAUAAUUCCCACAGGAAUUGAAGUUGCCUUGACUUAAGUUGGACUCCUGAAAGACUGAGUGUUUGGACUGCAAGAACCAUGAUAGGUUUCGGUUUAAAGUAAGGGUCAUCAACCUUCUCCCAGGUUCAGAGAAGAAACUAAGAGCAUAAAAAGGGAGUGAAGAAAAUGCACAAGUCAGAAGAUGGACAAGGGGGAUAGAGGAGAAAUGAAGAGAAAAUGGCAAGAAAGAAUGAAGAAAGUGGAAGAACUAGCAUCUUACUAUGAAAGAAAUCCUCUUCCUACAGUUUAUAGACCAAGACUGUCCAAACCCUCUAUGCCAUCCUCUGUUUGGAAAAUAUUUUCUCGACAGGCUGAAGCUUUUAAUUAUGUAAAAACCUGCCAAGAGGAUGUUCAUGUGUUUGCUUUGGAAAAGAACACACAGAGUGGACAGAGGUUUUACCUUGUAACAACAUAUAAAGAACUUUGGUUUUAUUACACCAAAGGUUACAAAACAAGUCUUAUGCAUUGCUAUGAAGUAAUUCCUGAAAAAGAUGCUUGCAAACUUUAUUUUGAUUUGGAAUUUUACAAACCAGCAAAUCCUGAUGCAGAUGGCAAGAGUAUGGUCAUGAAGUUAAUUGAGCUUGUCAACCAAAAAUUAAAAGAACUUUAUGAUGUAAAUUGUUCAUCAAAAGAUGUCUUGAACUUAGAUUCCAGUACUGAUGACAAAUUUAGUCGGCACUUAAUAUUCCUACCCCAAAAGACUGUAUUUAAGGAUAAUACUCAUAUUGGUAACUUUGUGAGAACCAUUUUGCAGCCUGCCAUAAGAUUAAUGGAGAGUAGGGCUGCUGUGAUUGCAACAGAAGAAGCAGGGCAUAUUUUCCAGUGUUCUGCAGGAGCUGGAUUGGAUGGUUCUCUUCCAAACCUCACAGCUGGUGAAGAUAGUUCUAAAGACUGGCCAGCCAUUGCUUGUGAAAAAAAGGAUGUGGAAAUGCCACACCAAGGAGAAAAUUUGGAUUUUUCCUUCCUAAUAGUAAACAGUAAAGAAGGCAACAAACAGCUUUUUGUGGAUCUAGGAGUUUAUACAAAGAAUAGAAAUUUCCGGAUGUAUAAGUCAUCAAAAGCAGGAAAAAAUGUGAUUCUGAAGAUAGCAGAGGAUAAUAAGUUUAUCCCCAACUGCGAAAAGGGUGUUUCCUUGGAAGAAGCAUAUUUUCUUUCCUCUUUAAUCUGCAACAUUCGAGCAAGUGAUGACAUAAAAGUUCUGUCAUCUGGCUUCUCAGAGGAGGAGAGAAAAAUGUCUGCUUUUUUAAACAGUAAAACUACCAGAAGUAGCAGAGAGCUCAUGGAAGGUUACCAGGGUUCGCCAUAUCCAGAAAUUGAUAAUUUUGUUCAUUCUUUGGUUAAUAAAGAUGGGCUACAAGGAGGGAUACGACAAUGGAGUUAUUUCUCUCCCAAGGAAUUACUUAUUUAUGAUAUUUCUGGUUACCGUUGGUGUGAAAAUAUUGGAAGAGCUCACAAAAGUAACAAUAUAAUGAUUCUGGUAGAUCUAAAGAAUGAAGUCUGGUAUCAGAAGUGUCACGAUCCUGUCUGCAGAGAACAAAACUUCAAAUCACAAAGUUUUCCAUUACCGCCUGCGAUCUGCCUUCCAUCCCUUUUCAAAGAGGAAGAAGAGUCCACCCUAAUGGAUGACAGGGGUCACACAGAAGGAAAAGUAAAUCCACGUUCUAAUGUGUCAGAGUUGUCAAAAAGCUCAGUAUCUCCAGAGAACAGCUUCCUGUUGUCAGACAGUGAGUGGGAAAACAAAAGUGAUGAUGCCUGUUUCCUAGAAGCUGCUGAAGAUGUGGAACUAGCUGAAGCUGCAGAUGAUAGUCUGAAUCAUGCCAUGGAAGAAAUCCCAGAUGAAGUUCUUUUGGCAGCUCUAAGGAAAGAAGACCUCUACACUAAAGAAGGCAGCUAAGCACAGGCCUGGCCAGCAAUGAAUUACACUUGUGUGUCUCAAGGUGAAGUGAAAAGUCCUGUGGGGUACUUCACAAGCACCACUCCAGAGCUGUGAGACAAAGAAUGGAGUGCCUGGUGAACUUCAACAGGCAUGAGGAGACAAUGGAAGAUUACAUGGGGGCUGAAGAGAACUGGACUAAAAAACUCACUGUGAAUGCUGCUCCAAGCUUAGCACUUUUAAUGCUCUUUGCUGUACAGUUUCUAUUUUGUUAGUUGUAUGUCCAAGUUUUAUUGAGAAGCCAACAGAACAGACUUAUUUCCAUAAAUGAGAUUAAAUAAUUUAUUUCAAAUGCAAAUUUAAUAAAGACAUUUGUUUAUUCAUCUUUA